GAUUGCAUUUUUCCUCAAUCUUAAAUAAGUUAAAAAUCGAGUCUUGUGAUCCAGCUGAUCAUCAGACUUGUCCCCUUGAGACGAAGUUGUCUUCAUGCAAGAAAGGAAGUAAUUGCAACAACAGUUGAACCUUUUGGGCAUUCCCAACUGUGAGCUCUGUUUCUCCUCCACUCAGCUCAACCGCUGCGCCAGAGGAUGGCUUUAAAGCUUCUUUUCUCCCAGCCCAUUAACUGCCAUCCGCCGCCACUGCAGCGGUCACGUUUCGCUUCCCACCAGAAGCCCUCCCAGAUUCCAACUGCUCGUAGCCCAUUAAUUCAAGAUUUCUCUCUACUAACUUCUUCUUCUAACAAAGAUAGAUCCCUGAACUUAUCUCCGAACACAAAUCCCAAGAAUGUAGCCAGAAGUGUAGUUGCUAAAUCGCAGUUGAAUUUCCCCAUCAUUUCUCCGCAAGAUCAGUGGGGAACCUGGACGGCUCUCUUUGCCACUGGUGCUUUUGGCAUCUGGUCAGAGAAGACCAAGAUUGGGAGUGCAUUGAGUGGUGCACUGGUGAGUAUUUUGGUGGGUCUUGCAGCAAGUAAUUUGGGAAUCAUAGCAAGUGAAGCGCCAGCUUAUAAAGUUGUGUUGGAGUUUCUGCUGCCAUUGGCUGUUCCAUUGCUGCUAUACAGGGCUGAUAUGCGCCGGAUUAUACGGUCAACUGGCACACUGCUCCUAGCUUUCUUGCUUGGAUCAGUUGCGACAACAGCGGGGACUGCCGUGGCUUUCCUGUUGGUGCCUAUGCGAUCACUUGGUCAAGACGGUUGGAAGAUAGCAGCUGCUUUAAUGGGAAGGCAUAUUGGUGGAGCUGUAAAUUAUGUUGCCAUAUCUGAAGCUCUUGAAGUCACUCCUUCAGUUUUAGCUGCUGGACUAGCAGCAGACAAUGUUAUUUGUGCAAUAUAUUUUACCACAUUAUUUGCAUUGGCAUCAAAAAUACCUGCUGAAUCUGCAACCUCAACAACUGAUGGUGGACUUAAUGAGGAAUCAGAAUCCAGUAACAAGCUACCUGUACUGCAGACUGCAACUGCACUUGCUGUAUCCUUUAUCAUAUGCAAAAGUGCUAGUUUCUUGACCAAUUAUUUAGGGAUUCAGGGAGCUACCCUUCCAACCAUUACGGCUAUCGUUGUUAUUCUAGCAACCAUGUUACCAAAUCAGUUUGCUUACCUUGCUCCUUCUGGUGAAGCUAUGGCACUGAUAUUGAUGCAGGUGUUUUUUGCUGUCAUUGGUGCAAGCGGGAGCAUCAGGAGCGUUAUCAGUACAGCACCCAGCAUUUUCUUGUUUGCUCUCGUCCAGAUAGGAGUCCAUCUCGCCAUCAUUCUUGGAUUGGGGAAGUUGUUGCGGUUUGACCUCAAGUUACUGCUCCUGGCAUCAAACGCAAACGUGGGAGGUCCUACAACGGCUUGUGGUAUGGCCACAGCAAAGGGAUGGAGUUCUUUAGUUGUUCCAGGGAUUCUUGCCGGCAUAUUUGGCAUUGCAAUCGCAACUUUUCUUGGCAUAGCUUUCGGACAAGCUGUCUUGAAAUUCAUGUAAACUUGGGGCAACCCUUUUACACAACUCCACACGAGAAUAAUAAAGCUUAACUUCAGGGAAAAUUGUAACCUUGUAUUGGUCGAAGAACUGCUAUUGAUCAAACCUUCCAGCUCUAGUUAUUUAUUGAUACGAAUCUGCAUUCAAUUCAA